AUGCAGAAUUUCUCAUUGCAAGGCAAUCAGGAAGAUGCAUUUUUGUUGCGCAUUGUGGAAGGCUAUUGCUCCACAUCGAAUCCGGCAAAGCGAAUACCAGCAGGCAGUGGAAUGCAGACGUCCGUCUCCCGGGAAUAUGAUCCACCACAAUUAAUUGUGGCCGAAAAUGAAAAAAUGUUUGUGGAAGAAGUGAUUGGCGAUAAAGUGGUCGUUAAGGAACGAAGUCUUGUUGAUACUGUUUAUGCGCUGAAGGAUCAACUUACCGAUUUACAGAAGGAAUUACGUCAACUGAAUAAGACAGUCGAUCGUGAACAAAAAGCUCGUCGUCGGCUCGAAGAAUUGGUAAGGCGAAUGUACCAUAACCAGCAGCAGCAGCAGCAACAACAACAGCAACAACAUCAACAGCAGCUAUCAACAAGUAUAACUGGCAAGCUAACACCACGUGAACCAGUGAAUGCCGAAAGUUCAACGCUUCACUGA